CAGGCUUUUGAGGAGCAAGAUGUGCAUUUGGACAUAGCCGUUUGGAUACUUAUUGUAUAUGUUUUCGUCUUCCCAUCCAUUUUCAUACGGAGACCUGAUUUUCUUGCUUGGUGCUCAAUCAUUGCUAACGUUUUCGAAGUCAUUGCGAUAGUUGCUGUGUUUGUGAAUGUUUUUUCUACAUCAUCAAGUUGGAAAGUAAACUACACCGUGCGGUUGUCAAAGCUGCCAUUAACCAUUGGGGUCGUAUUUUUGGCGUUCGAAAUUGCACCAUUUGUAAGAUGUAGAUCAUUUUCUUAUUAUAGGAGUGCAUAGCAAAUAACAAUUUCACAUUGCCGAAAUGCGAAUGCACAUGUGGUAACUUGUAGUUCCACAACUAUUAUUUGAUUAUCACUUAAACUUCGACGGUUGUCCAAAAGUCCAAGUAUAUACGCCAUUGAUUUUCAUACAAGGCCAAGGUCGAUUUUAAGAACUACCCAAUCUGAAUUAAUUUUUAAUAUUUAAAGGACAUUGACAGUAAAUAUUUAAUUUGUCUGCAAAGAAAGAGCUUCAAAAGUAAUUAGCAAAGAUUUUUACAGCUCUUUCAUAUCUUGCUUGGUUUUUAAGUAUUUUUGCCUCAGUGAUUUUUACUGAUUAAAACAGUAGGCUCUCCGCCAUCUUGGAUUAUUCAGGAUAUACUGCAAUUUAUCUUGAUACCCCAUGACCAAUGUGGUCCCAAACUUGUUUUCGGUUGCUAUUUCAAAUUUCGUUUAAUUAAACAACCUUUAAACAUUAGAUGUCACUUAAAGGAGGUUUAAUAUAGAAGGCUAACCGCAAUCUUGACGCCAUCAAAACCACAGUUAAUGAGGUUCAGAUUAAUUCAAGAUGGCGUAUAUAUAGGCCUAAUGGCCUGUUACAUGCUUUCAGUCGAAAUAUUCCAACACUUAAACUUAAUAUGAAAAAUCUUCGACAACACUUCAUACAUAAUUAUGUACGUUCUUUCGAAUGAGACAAACUAAAGUUUUAAUUCCAAUGUCCUUUGAUACUUCAUUUAAAUGUACAGGGUAUAUAAAAAAUGUAAUCCAAGUUUCAAAUACAAUCAUGCGUGAGGCGUGAGUUUAUAAAUUUACCUUUUCGUACGAACAAAGAUCACGCAAGUCGUAAACUGACAAAUGAUACCUUCUUUUUUUUAAGAUUCUUACAGUCGAAAAUAAAUCUAGGAAACCGGAGCAGUUACCACUUGUAAUUAAUGUUGUCAUGAUUCGUGUUUCAUGUAUAUACGCUUUUGUUGGGAGUAUUGGAUAUAUUUCGUGCUCUCCUCAAUGCCAAGACAGUAUUAUUCUUGAUUUACCAAAUUUAUGGUAAGAUGUCCUUUAUUUAUUUAUAAUUCUUUAUAUUGUUCCCUUUUUUCAUUAUUAUAACUGCAUCCUGCAGUUUCCUAAAAUAUGGAAUGCAAAUUAUUAGAUCAUUUUUUCAGAUUUUUGUUGUCAAAAAACAGGAAUCAAUUUCCAAACAAAUGAUAGAGAUAUUAAUUCUAUUUGAUAACAACAUUCAUAUGAUGUAUCAUAGUAGCAAGCAAGCGAUUUCCACCAAAUGUACACGUGAGUCGCAAUCAUGGUGCCGACCGGUUUCGGGAGGUCAAACUACUAUAUCCCCAAUUUGAAUACAUGGUUUGCAAGGGAGUUUGGGUAAUGGUCGAGUGUCGAGGGUCAUAGGUCGAGUUUCGCAAGUCGAGGUCGAGGGUCAAAAGUCGAGGUCGAGGGUCAAAAGUCGAGGGUCGAAAGUCGAAAAUACCAAAUUUUUAUCCAUUUUAAAAGUUUUACAACCAUUAAACGCGGCAAAACAAUUAGUUUUGCUGUCAAAACAGAAAAAUUUCGCCUAUGGCUAUGCCGUAUGUCUAUGUACUGUAUAACUGAAAGUUUCGUUUGUGGAACUAAAAGUCUGAUGCGGGGUUUGAUGUUUGAAAGCAUACAUCUUUUAUUUUACAUUGGAGUUUAAAAUAUACAAGACAUACAAACACGGACGAUUAUACGAAAAUGGCGUUUCACUCUCAUGAGAAACUGAUUAUAGCCUAUAGGUAAUAUGUUAUCUCUUGGACUUGGAGGCGAAAGAGUUCUGAAAUUCUCAGAACUUCAACUUAACGAUACUCUUCAAACCGCGUAUGGUUUUGGAGGUUUAAAGCGUUAGGGUGUGCGAGAAACAGUUGAUAUUUAUAUAUUUUAUAACAUCGUACGCGUGUUCACAUGUCUGCACCGGAAGUGCACAGUUGCGAGAACGUUGUCAAUCUCGUUCCCCGAGCAUGCCCGUUCGCAGGUUAAGGGUGGGCAUAGCUCUGGAGAAAUUGAAUUGAUUCACGUUGAAUUUCCAACGUGAGUUCUACGCAUGCUCAGCAAUUGUUGCAAAAUAUAAAUACUGCGGAUUCAGGUAGACCGUUUAAUGCGAAUAGUUGUCGCGUUAGUUUUAACAGUUGUACGAUGACGUUUCUAGGCAGAUUUUCGACGUUUCUAAGGCGUGGCUUCAACGUUUAUUUUUAAAAUUUGAACGUUGUAAUUACAAGGUAAUUGCUAAAUAGUAUACUUCAAAAUAAGGUUUCCGUUUUUAUAUCAAUUUUUUAAAUAAGUUAGGGUUAGGUUAGGGUUUAGUUUUGCGCCGGAAACCUUAUUUUGAAGUAUACUAUUUAGCAAUUACCUUGUAAUUACAACGUUCAAAUUUUAAAAAUAAACGUUGAAGCCACGCCUUAGAAACGUCGAAAAUCUGCCUAGAAACGUCAUCGUACAACUGUUAAAACUAACGCGACAACUAUUCGCAUUAAACGGUCUACCUGAAUCCGCAGUAAAGUAUUUAGAAUUUCUCGUCGAAAAUUUGAUACUUUUAACACUGAAAUCGGAAUGAAAAAAACUAAAAAUUAUGAGGAAAUAUGUACGAAAGCUUUGGAUUGAUAGGGAUACAACUACCUGAAAAAUACAACUCGGAGAACUUCGACGUUUCGAGGGAAGGCGCUUCGACUUGUCACUUGUACUGUUAGUGUUUAUAUACAUCGUACUUCACCUUUACUGAUAAAUCUCCUCAAGAAUGAGUAUUAUAUAUUUUUAUGCUUUAAAAUUUACAUUUAACUCUCCUAUCAGAAUUUAUGGUAUACGUAGUGUUAAGUACGACAGUAUAAAAGGUCAAGUACUAUAUAUACAAACACUAACAGUACAAGUCGAAGCGCCUUCGCUCGAAACGUCGAAGUUCUCCUUGUAUUUUUCAGGUAGUUGUAUCCCUAUCAAUCCGAAGCGUUCGCACAUAUUCCCUCCACAAUUUCUAGUUGUUUUCAAUCGAUUUCAGUGUAAAAAAGUAGCAAAUUUUCGACGAGAAAUUCCAAAUACUUUGUUUAUAUUUUGCAACAAUUGCCAAGCAUGCGUAGAACUCACGUUGGAAAUCCAACGUACUAUCUGCCGUUAGCCAAUCACAGGCCUGAGUCAAUUCGAUUUCUCCAGAGCUAUGCCCACCCUUAACCUGCGAAACGAGAACGGAACUUAAACUGCGGAACGAGAUUGGAACGUUGUAGGCCUUGUAGUGUAAUAAAAUGGAAACUUUCUUUAGUUAUUCUGUCAAAAAUAACAUGCACGAAACACGAAUCUUUAUAACAGGGUGACUUUAGUUCGGUUUAGAAUUAUCUCACGACCAUUGUGAGAGAUUUUUGCUACGCUGGGACUCGAUUCGUUCUGAUAGUACAAUAAUGUAUCGAUCAAUUCGAAACUUCACCAUCCCCCCCCCCCCCGAGCAUACCUCGGGAAUUUGACUUCAAGUCUUCUCCAGGGAAAUCUAACGGGGUGGAGAAUUUGAACCGGAAGUCUUAAAAUUUUGCCCGUUUUCGCGUGCCUCCUGCAUGCACAGAAAAUACUUUGCAUUGGCGGCAAAUACAGUUUUCUCAGAUUUCGAGGGAAACGGCCUCAAUUUUGUGAAAAACUGGCUCAAAUAAACGGGCAUUGAAAAUCUAUGUGCUUCAUUUGAAGGUUAUGUACUACAUAUUAAAUUGUGUAAAACUGUUAAAUUUCCACAAGGUAUCCAAACUUUUUACGUGAAUUUCGCUAUCUUGUCGAAAAACAUUUCCGUAUAUUUUGUACUUUUUAUAUAUACUGUUUCAUAAUUUUCAUAUGGAGGUGGGGCAUUUGAACGCUUAAUUUCUUGUUACAGUGGGGCAUUUGAAGACAUUUUUUGCACAGGGUGUGGAGAAUUUGAUCUGUCAAAUUUCAAAAAGUUCAAAUUCCCGGGGGUCGGCUCGGGGGGGAAUGGUGAAGUUUCGAAUUGAUCGAUACAUAAAUACAAUAUAGUUUCGAAUCACCCCACCGGCACCGUACGUUCUCGAAUAGUUUUAGUAAUUUUACACUUUCUCGAAAAACAAAAAGGAACCUAAUUAUGCCCUAAGGCAUGUUCUGUACUAACAGUAAUAAAGUUAGUUAUCGACAGGAGAACCUUUAAAAUUUUGACAACAAAUGCCAAAAAUGUAGUAUUCUGGAAAAGUGAAAAUGUUUAAUAAAAAACUAAUAUUUCCCAUUUUCGACCCUUGAAUUUCGACUUUCGACCCUCGACUUCUGACCCUCGACUUUUGACCCUCGACCUCGACUUUCGAACCUCGACCUCUGAUCCUCGACCUAUAACCCUCGACCCUCGACCUAUGACCCUCGACCCUCGACACUCGACCAUUACCCAAACUCUUUGCAAGGGAGUCAAAAAUAAAGAGAUUUUUGCAAUGCUGGAUGAAAUUAGAAACAAGAAGUGCUUUGACAAAUUUAUCCAACAUCAUUCAGCUUAGUGAAAACUACCUAUAGAUGAUUGUAACAGGUAACUGCCCCUGCACGCGUGUACCCAACCUCGUACUCAGGCUCUUUCUUCAACGUUCCUAGCUUGAGGAAAGACCGUAGUCCAGGUUGGCUGGACGUUUGAAAUUAAACUCUUAAUUCAACAUUAGUAUUGUCAAUAGAUGUUCUUCUUGAAGCUCACUCGCCUCACUCAACGACACAGCCUCGGGUUCAGUUUUAUAUCGACAAGAAAAUACGGGCAGAAUAUUCAUUCAGAAACUGAAAGACUCCAGUAUUUUAUACAGGCCUUGCGUGGCGACAUCGCAAACGUGAUCCACAAAGAAUACAUAAUGUACAAAGUUCUAUUUUCUUCAUUGAUUGUUUGUUUCGAAGCCAUUCACCCAUUGACUUUGAUUUUGCAACCCAAGCUCUCGCUCUGAGAUUUAUCGAAUUGAUAUCGCUUAUUAGAUAGGUAAAACAACGUUAACCCCACACCCUUAUGCAAAGUUUUAUUAUCUCAAAAAUUAUGGGUGCCACGUGAUCAGCCUGGCCCAGGGUCUUUCCUCAAGCGGGGAACGUGGAAGAAAGAGCCUGGUACGAGCUUGAUGUGUAUCAACCCCAUACGUGUGUGAACAUGCGUAAUUAUUUGAGAUCGGUAUAUCUGUAUACUAUAAUAUCUAUAAUACGUCAUUUUUCAGGUACUAUUCGGUUACGAAAGUUUUAGUGGGUUUUGCUGCUUCCUGCACUCUCGUCUUUAUAUAUUUUGUUGGAUAUGAUACCGUGGAUCCUAUUCUGAAAAGUCAAGUGCCGGAAAAUCGGUUUUAUUAGUGAUGUCUCUUCUUUUUAGGAUCCUAAUAUUGACAAUUUCAGGUAAGAGAUCAUUUCAUAAUACGUAAUAACAGAGAAGAAGAAGGCCGAUCUCGGUAUGCGUAUAUAAACUAAAACUGUAUUUCAACAAUGGGAUAUUUUGAAUUUGUAAUAAUUGUUUAAAACAUGAAAACUUAUUUACUAAAUACAAUUCUUUUCCGAUUUUUAUUUUUGCGGUCUUGUGGCUAGAGAAAAGCUAAACGUAUACCAACGUGGAUCAAUAUAUUUCAAGAGAUGAAAAUCUACGCCGCGUACCGAAAAAUACUUUGUACAAAUCAUGAUACUCCAAUAAGCUCCAAUUUUCUACGAAGUUCAUACUAAAAAGUUAAAGUUUCCAAAUGAUCACAUAUGAUCGAAAUUAUACUAAAACAAUUAUUCACCUCAGGCUUGGUGAGUAUCGUGAAUAAAAACCUCGACUUCGUCUCGGUUUUUAUUCAGCGAUAAUCACCUCGUCUUCGGCGAAUAAUUGUUAAAUAUUGCUCCCUUGGAUACACAACCAAAUUGUACACAGUUGUAAAUCGAGUUGUUUAUCAAGGAAAUGUUUUCUUGAAGAUGAAAAAGAUACUUGCACUCACAUUGUUUUGCACUGAUUUUCAUCUCUUUCCCUUGCAGCUGGUAUUGCAGCAAGUGUUCCUCAACUUGGAAAUGUUAUGUCAUUGGCUGGCUCGUUUGUAACAGCAACUGUUGGCUUUCUACUUCCUGCUGUGUCGCACACGUUACUCUUAUAUAACCAACUAUCAAGAUUUACUAUUGUUGCAAACAUUAUUUUCCUAUUCUCAGGUCUGGUCGUUCUUUUUGCAGGCGUAUAUACUUCAAUUGUAUAAAUAGUUAAUGACUACUAAACUACACACAUGCAUGAAUGGAAUUGUUUAUAAGGAAUUCAUGUAUAUGACCAUACGAGUGCAACUAAUAUAUGGAUAGUGAGGAAAUAGCCCACUGAAUAAAGUCCCGUGUAUUUCACGUACAAAAAAUUUUAUCGCAGUUUCUUAAGUAGUAUAUGUGUUUAUCAUGACAUUCUAUAAACAGUGCAAAAAAUGGUUGGGAAAACGUGACUGCAUGUCCAAUACGAUUUCUUCAUUUAAUACAAAUUUAAU